AUGUAUGUGAGCAUCACACAGCUGAAACAGUCUGACUCAGGACGGUACAGGUGCUCUUUGGACAGAGCCUGGAGGCUAGAUCCAAACGAUGAUUUUGAGCUGAUUGUCACAGAAGCUUCAACCACUUCAACACCAAACGGGACUCUGAGACCUUUUUCAGCUUCAGUGUUUCUCUCAUCAGCCUCCACACCACCAACAACACAGAGUUUAAGCUCAACUUCAGGAAGCUCCACACCUUCAUCAGCCUCCUCUGGAAGUUCAGAUGUGCUGAUUUAUGUGGGUCUGAUUCUGGUCGUUAUGAUCGUCGUCUUAUCAGCAGCUCUGCUGAUUUUCUACAUGAAGAGCAGGACCACUAAACCCAGAGGACCUCCUGUGGAAACAGACACAGAGGUCAACAGGUUGUAUGAAGAGAUCAGAGAGUGUGACAUAGCGAGCAGGUCACCUCCUGUAGAAGUGUCUUCAGUUUAUGAUCACCCCAAAGGUCCCCGUUCAGGUGGAGAUGAAAGCGGAGGCAUCUACAGCCUCGUCACCUCUGCUCAGAACAACGUUGAAGACAACUCACUUUGUCUCUGUUACUCUGAGGUGGAUUUUUCCCACAGUCCUGACACAAACGGCGCCCCCUGUGGUAACUCAGCUGAUGCUGUCCACUCCACGUCUUCAGAGGACCUCAGCACCACCAACCACACCAAAGAUGCUUCACCUCCUCUGUACUCUACUGUUACUUAA